GUCACGCUAUGAGUUGUGUUUGCCAUGCGCUGUUGAAAUCCCGAUCAGGUUAUUACGAAGCUGCUCUACCUCAUCAACCAGGGUGAAACCUUCACCAAGAAUGAGGCGACAGAUGUGUUCUUUGCAACUACCAAACUAUUCCAGUCGAAGGACAUUGGCUUACGACGAAUGGUCUACCUCAUGAUCAAAGAGAUAUCUCCGUCAAGUGAUGAGGUAAUCAUUGUAACAAGUUCUUUAAUGAAGGACAUGAACAGCAAGACAGACCUCUAUCGCGCGAAUGCCAUAAGGGUGCUGUGCAGAAUCACGGACGGUGGGCUGUUGGGCCAAAUUGAGCGGUAUCUGAAGCAAGCUGUCGUGGACAAGAAUCCUGUUGUUUCCAGCGCGGCACUUGUCAGCGGUAUCCAUCUUCUACAGAGCAAUCCUGAAAUUGUGAAGCGCUGGAGCAACGAAGUCCAAGAGGCUGUCCAGUCUAAGGCACCACUGGUUCAGUUCCAUGGUUUGGCAUUGCUUCAUCAGAUCCGUCAAAAUGAUCGGUUGGCUCUGAGCAAGUUGGUAAGUGGCCUUAGUAGGGGUACCGUACGGUCGCCCUUGGCUCAAUGCCUGCUUAUCCGCUACACAUGCCAGGUAAUAUCAGAAUUAGGUCCAAAUUCACAGACUGGAGACAGGCCAUUCUUUGAUUUCCUAGAGAGCUGUCUGAGGCACAAGGCGGAUAUGGUCAUCUUUGAGGCUGCUCGUGCAAUCACCGAAAUGAGUGGGGUUACGUCCAGAGAGCUCACCCCUGCUAUUACUGUAUUGCAAUUGUUCUUGAGCUCAUCCAAGCCAGUUCUGCGUUUUGCGGCUGUGCGAACACUCAACAAGGUUGCACAGACCCAGCCAUUGGCAGUUGCCAACUGCAACAUUGACAUGGAAAGUCUCAUAUCUGACCAAAACCGCAGCAUUGCUACUCUUGCCAUUACUACCCUUUUGAAGACUGGCAAUGAGUCAGGCGUUGACCGUCUCAUGAAGCAGAUAACGAACUUCAUGUCGGACAUUGCGGAUGAGUACAAGAUUGUGGUGGUGGAAGCCAUCCGCUCCUUGUGCCUCAAGUUUCCUCAGAAAUACCGUUCAUUAAUGAAUUUCCUGAGCAACAUUUUAAGGGAGGAAGGAGGUUUCGAAUACAAGAAAGCAAUCGUUGACUCUAUCCUUAUCCUCAUUCGUGAGAUUCCUGAUGCCAAGGAAAGCGGGCUGUCUCACCUUUGCGAAUUUAUUGAAGAUUGCGAAUUUACCUACCUGUCCACCCAGAUCCUGCAUCUUCUAGGAAACGAGGGGCCCAAAACUUCAGACCCGAGCAAAUAUAUCCGCUAUGUUUACAACCGUGUGAUUUUGGAGAAUGCAACAGUGCGUGCCAGUGCUGUCAGUGCUUUAGCCAAAUUUGGAGCCGUAGUUGAGGGUUUGAGGCCACGGAUUCUUAUACUGCUUCGAAGGUGUUUGUACGAUAAUGAUGAUGAGGUGCGUGAUAGAGCCACUCUCUAUUUAAGUCUUCUCUCAGAUGAACCAGACGCUGCUCAAGAUGACGCUAAAGCUUUCUUGUUUCAAGAUUUGGACGUGCCCUUGGAGAAUUUGGAAAAGAGUUUAGAGCUUUAUGAACCAAGUGAAAGGCCAUUUGACUUGGCAGCAGUUCCUAAAGACACAAAGCCUCGUCAUCAAACGGAGAAGAAGGCUCCUACAAGUAAAGAAAAGAAGGCUGCUAAGGAUGCAAGUAAGAAGUCAGCCGAAGGUGGGGCAUCAAAUACGUUUGAGGCUUACGAGAAACUACUCAAUUCAAUCCCUAUGUUUGCAGGUUUUGGAAAACUCUUUAAGUCAUCUGCUCCUGUGGCGCUAACAGAAGAAGAAACAGAGUAUGCUGUGAAUGUUGUCAAGCAUGUGUAUCCUGGUCACGUUGUCUUACAGUUCAACUGCACCAACACGAUUGCAGAGCAUCUUCUUGAGAAUGUGAAUGUGGCCAUGGAUCUCAUCGAGGGAGAAGAUUUUAAUCAGGUGGCAACGAAUCCUCUGGCAUCAAUGCCCUGUGGAGUAACUGGCCAGGCUUUUGUCGCUUUUGAGAAACCAGAGGGAGCUUGUUCGCUGGGAAAAUUCUCCAGUACACUGAGGUUCUAUGUCAAAGAGGUGGAUCCCAGCACAGGUGAUGCUGACGAAGAUGGAUACGAAGAUGAAUAUCAACUUGAAGAUUUGGAGAUUACUGCAGCAGAUUACAUUCUGAAGGCAGGAGUGUCCAACUUCAGAAAUGCCUGGGAGUCUUUGGACUCAGAGUCGGAACGUGUUGAUGAGUACAGUCUUGGAACGAGGGAGAGUCUGCAAGAUGCUGUACAAGCCGUAACAACAAUUCUGGGGAUGCAAGUUUGUGAGGCAACAGAUGUUGUUCCAAGCAAUGCAAGGUCCCACACUUGCUUGUUGGCUGGCAGAUUUUUGGGUGACACACAAGUCUUGGUCCGCCUAUCAGUUGGCAUCGACUCUCAAAAGCAAGUUGCGAUGAAACUUGCAGUCCGGUCUGAAGAUCCAUCAGUCAGUGACAUCAUUCACGAGAUAAUCAAUUCUUAACAAGAUCAUGUCCUUCCUGGUGACAUCAUUUGAAGCCUACGACCAAUGAAAGGGACCCUAAGCCCUUUCAUCCCGCUGCACCACCCCUGUCCACAGACAGUAUAUAUAGCAGCUUACCAUGUAUUGAUGAUUCUUCUAAAUGAAGAUCAAAUCAUCGCGUAGAGAUCGUCACAUAGAAGAGCUAGUUUGAGAAGAGCUAGUUUGAGAAGAGCAACUUGGUUUCUUUCAGUACAAUCCUUUGUACCAAGGUCUUAACACCUCUCAUGAGCUCUACAUUAGCGCCGAGCAUUUUUGCAACAGAGCUUCAUUCUGAUGAGGACGAUGCCUUUGUACUAUUUCUUCUUAAUAGUAAUUUCAUUCGUUAAGUUUGU